AUGCCUCCUCCUCCUCCUCCUCCUCUGCCACCAUCCUUCAAUGCUGCUGUUCCUGCCUCUGGUCCAGCACCACCCGUCGUUGCCAACAAAGGUCCAGCUGGAGCCUUGUUGGUUGAGCUGAUUGUAUAUAACGGCUCUCCUUUCAAGGACCAUUGGGCAUACUUUGUACAAUCAAGCUUUCACCCUUCCAUUGGCGUCAUUAUCCACGCGACUGGUGAUGUCAGGAACGGCUUCAGGUUCGAGGUCAAAAGGAACUAUGAUUUCGCGGUUACUUCCACUAUACCUACAUCCAGGAUUCCGCUGCAGUGGAUUGACGGCAAGUUCCUGAACGAAAGGGCUAUGCUUAACACCGGCGUCUACAAGGCUGAUAACGUUCCUGUUUGCCCCUUUGAGAAAAGUGUACACAAGGUCAAGGCACCUGAAAAGUCACUGAACGCUGCCAGACAGAGUGGUGUCCCUCAAAAGAGGGUUGUGCAGAGGAAUUGCCAGACAUGGAUCGUUGAGUCCGCCGAUCAACUGGUCGCAGAUCGUAUUCUCAGUCCAGAGGUUGCCGCUUAUCUGCAUGCAGUCAAGCAGUAA